AUGCCCGUCACCGAGAUCUAUAUCCUCCGGCAUGGCCACCGGCUCGCCUGGUCCCUAAACCCUAGGACGGGCAAGUACACUUCGAAUCACCCUUUCCCGACUCGCCUACCAGCAGAUCCUCCGCUGGCAUCGCAUGGCGUGCGUCAGGCGCAAGAGACCGCGGCACAUUUCAGCGAAGCGUUCGCCGAUCUGAUCAAGCAGGACCGGUUGAGAGUGUAUUCCAGCCUGUUCUACCGAUGUCUCGAGACUCUCAAUCCGGUGAUGGAGGCUAUCCUCGAACAAGUGCCCGCGGCCGAUGUCAAAAGACGGAGAAACCUACAAGUUCGCGGCGAGAGGGGUUUAGGUGAAUGGUUCGGCCGGGCCUGGUUUACCCAGCCUCGCCCCGCGGAUCCUGAGCGACUGAAGAAUGACUUCUUUCCCUGGCUGGACGAGUCCUAUGCCUCCCGUGUCAUUCCUCCGGAGAACGGGGAGCGGAUUCACGACCUGCACGACCGCGUGGCGCGCGCGUUGGCACGCGUCAUUCAGGAUGUCGACGAGGAGUACUCGCAAGCCGGGAGAGGUGACGAGGAAGUAACCAUCUUGAUCUGUGGACACGCCGCGCCCAUUAUUGCGAGCGGGAGGGCAUUGACGGGCGAGGUGCCCGAGGAUUGGGAUGAGGAGGAUUUUCGGUGUUUUACGUGCGGAAUCAGCAAAUUCGUGCGACGGAAACUGCCUCCUCCCUCUAGCGCUCAGAAGGAGGCCGGGGAAGAUUACUGCUACCAUGACGAAGACUGGAGGACCAAUGGCACGGGCGUCGCUGGGGGUUGGGAUUGCAUUUGGAAUAGCAGUUGCCAUCACUUGAGUCAGGGCGAGGAGAGGGGUUGGCAUUUCCACGGGGACGAGAGUUUUGAUUCUUAUGAGAAUCUAGAGGGCACAGGGAUCAAGACUUCGGAUGGAGGUAUCCAUGGUCAGUCCAAGUUAUAG